AUGGGAGAGGUGAACAAGGGGAAUACAACAGGAGCUUGCUCAAACAAAAAGCAAGCUUCAAUUUUAAGUUUUUUUAAAACACAAAAUAAUAAAAUAAAAAAGGAAAGCAGUAUAAAAUGUAAUAAUGAUAAAUCGUGUGAAGAAAAAGAAAGUAAAGAAAAAGAAAGCAAAAUUGAUAUUUUAAAUAAUUUUGUUUGCCCAAAGAUAGAUGAAAAUUCAUUUGGAAAUAGUAAAGCUAUGGAUAGUGAUAGAAAGGGUGAUAUUUUUAGUAGCACAAGUAAUUUUGAUGGAUGUGAAAAAAUUAAUAAUAAUAAAAACAGUGAUUCUGUUAAAUAUGAAAAUAAUGGAUAUAUGAUGGAUAAUGCUGAGAUUAGCACUGAAGAAGAUAUAAUUGUAAAAAAAAAAAGAAAAAUAAUUUUGGAUAGUUCUUAUGAUGAAUAUUAUGGAAGUGAUAGUAAUGAUCAAAAAAAAAAAAAAAAUUUUGUAAAAAAUGAAGGAGUUGAUCAUAAAUUGAAAAAUUUAUUAUAUGAUGCAAAUAAAAAAGGAGAAGAUAUUUUAAUAAAUAGUAAUAAAGAGGAUGAUAAUAAUAAUACAGAUAUAAAAUAUGUACAAAGAAAAAAAGUUGAAGACAAUAAAAAAUCACAAGAAUUGGAUUAUUUACGUAAUAAAUUUUUAAAUUUACCUAUUACAUUGAAUAAUGACAAAUUUAGAUUAUAUAUAGAACAAUAUUUUUUAUAUUGUAAUUCUUUUGAAUUUCCUAAAUGGAUACAACCACAAUAUAUUCGGGAUAUUAAUUUAAAUCCUCCUGAUAAUCCAAACUAUGAUUCAUCAACAAUUUGGACACCCCCCCAGGAUCAUCAAUGGGCUAUUGAAUAUAAGCAAGCUCAUUAUACUCCUGGUAUGCAACAAUUUUGGAAAAUAAAAUCAAAAAAUUUUGAUAAAAUAAUUUUUUUUAAAAUGGGUAGAUUUUAUGAAAUAUUUUAUAUUGAUGCUUGUAUUAUGCAUACAAUAUGUGGAUUAAAUUGGAUGAAUGGUGAACAAAAACCUCAUUUAGGUUUUCCUGAACAAUCUUUACAUUUAUAUGCGAAAAAAGUUAUAAAUAGUGGGCAUAAAGUUGUUGUAAUAGAACAAAUGGAAACCCCUAAAGAAUUAGAACAACGAAAUAAGACAUCUUCGGGCCCUAAAGAUAAAGCUAUAAAAAGAGAAAUAAAUGAGAUUUAUACUAAAGGAACAAUUUUACAUGACAAUAUGUUAUCGGCAGAAACGAAAUAUAUAAUAUGCUUUCAUUUUGAUGAUAUAGAAGAUAUAGAAGAUGAUAAUAAUACAGGAUCACAAAAUCGAUGUAAUUUCGGAUUCGUUGUAAGUGAUGUAGCCACAUCUUAUAUAUCUGUUGGGUAUUGUAAUGAUGAUGAAUCUCGAAUUGAGUUAAGAACAUUGUUGGCUCAACUAUGCCCAGCUGAAAUAUUAUAUUGUUCAAAAAAUAUAAGUAAAGAAGUUUUGUCUAUUUUUAAAAAUAUUCCAACAUGUCCAGAAUUAACUAGUGUAAAUAGUUUUCCUAAUAUAAUAGCUUCACUUGAUGAAGUAAAUAAAUAUUUUGAAAAUAUUCCUAAAGCUUUAGAAGCAUAUAAAGAACAAAAUAGUGUUAUAUGCGCAUUUGGUGGUUUUAUUGUUUAUUUACGUUCUCUUUUGUUGGAUAAAAAAAUAUUAAAAUUUUGUAAAAUUGAAUUUUAUGAUUUAUUUAAAAAGGAUAAUUAUAUGGUUUUAGAUGCAACAGCAUUGAAGCAUUUAGAAAUUUUAGAAACUCAAUCUGGAGAAACAAAAAAUUCUUUAUAUGAUUAUGUAAAUAAAACAUGUACAAAUUUUGGAGCGAGAAAUAUGAGAAGAUGGGUAUGUAGUCCUUUACUAAAUUGUGAUAAAAUAAAUCAGAGAUUAGAUGUAGUUGAAUUUUUGAGAAAAAAUGAUCAUAUAUUAUCUUUAAUACGCUUGAAAUUAAAGAAAUUACCUGAUAUAGAAAGGUUAUUAAAUAAAAUAUGUAUACAAGCAUCGCAAAGUGAAAGAGGGGCUGUUUUUUUUGAUAAUAUUGUAAAUACAAAAUUAAAAGAAUUUGUCACAUUUUUAAAUGCAUUUAAAGAAAUAGAUAAUAUGUUAAUUGAAAUUAACAGUAUUGAUAACGAAGAAGAUCUAAUACCUACUCGUUUAUUUGAAAUUACAAAUACAUAUAAUAAAAUAUCUAAAAAUAAUAUAAAAGGUAAUUAUCCUGAAAUUGAUAAAAUAACUAAUGAAUUUCUAGAAAAAAUUUAUUUUGAUGGGGAAAAAGAAUAUAAACCUGCUGAAGGAUGUGAUGAAGCUAUUGAUGCAAUAAAUAAAAAAGAAAAAGACAUAGAAAAAGAAUUAAAUAAUAUAUUAGUUGAUAUGAAAAAAAAUUUUAAAAUACCAAAUCUUAAAUAUGUGCAUGCAAAAUAUAAAUAUGAAAUAGAAUGCCCUGAUAAUGUACCUAAAUCAUUUUUAAAAGAAGUUGAAAUUACAUCUGUAAAAAAAGGAUUUAUAAGAAUACAAAAUGAGGAAAUAAAAAAUUUAGUUGAAAUGCUAGAAGAUAUUGAACAAGAAAAAAAAGAUGCUAUUUAUCCAUUUUUUCAAAAAAUAUUUCAUCUAUUUUAUGAGCAUUAUGAAAAAUAUAUAUCUGCAUGUAGAUUAAUUUCUGAGUUGGAUUGUUUACAAGCAUUUGCUUAUGUUGCAUUAAAUACUUCUUUUCCUUUAACUCGACCAAUUUUACAUUUUAUGGAAUGUGAAAAUACAAUGGAUAAUAAAUCAGAAGAUCCUAAUUAUAGAUAUGAUUUAAAUUGUGAAAUUGAAAAAGAUAGAAAAAUGGGUUCUGAACAUGCAUCUAAAGAAAAAAAACCAUUUUUAAUUCUUGAAAAUAAUAUUCAUCCUGUAGUUGCUACUUUAAUGCCAAAUUUUAUUCCAAAUAAUAUUUAUAUGGGAUGUGAUAAAGAAAAAGAAACUACUCUUUUAUUAACAGGGCCUAACAUGGGUGGUAAAAGUACAUUACUUAGGCAAACUGCUAUUUCAGUCAUUUUAGCUCAAAUCGGAGCGUUUGUUCCAUCAACAUAUUGCGAAUUGACAAUUGUUGAUAAAAUAUUUACACGUUUAGGAUCCAGUGAUAAUUUAUUUGAAGGAAAAAGCACAUUUCUUGUAGAACUAGAAGAUAUAUCAAAUUUGUUAAAACAAAGUACUAAAUAUAGUUUAGCAAUUUUAGAUGAAUUGGGAAGGGGAACAUCAUCAUUUGAUGGAACUGCUAUUGCAUUAUCUACUCUUGAACAAAUUUCAGAUACAAUAAAAUGUAGAUGUAUAUUUUCAACACAUUAUCAUUUAUUAGUAGAAGAAGUUAAGCAUAACACAAACAUUUCAAACUAUCAUAUGAGCUUAAGUAUUGACGAUGAUCAAGAAAAAAUUAUAUUUUUGUAUAAAUUUAUAAAAGGAAUAUGCCCUAAAUCUUUUGGUAUACAUAUAGCAAAAUUAGCUGGAUUGCCCAAAGAAAUUAUUGAGUUAGCACAUGAAAAAUCUUUACUUUUUGAAAAUGUAACAGAUGAGUUUUGUAAAAUUAUUAAAUACAAAAAUAUUAUUCGGUCAUUGCUAAAGGCAUCUGAUGAUACUACCUUAGCAGGCAUGUUUCAAAAAUACAAGUGCGAAUUUACAUAG